AUGACCUCAGAAAAGUUUGGACAUUACACUAGUUCUGUUUACUUACACAACUAUAUCAACUAUGAAAUGUCUUUGUCACAAAAAUCAAUAAGAAAUUCUGAGUCGACGUCCUCCACACAAGAGGCUGUGUGCAUGCUUGGUUUUGCCAGGCCCGCGGGAGACCGGACCGGGCAGCAGGUGCAGGCAGCAGGUGCGGGCCAUGAGAACCACUCCGCCUGGGGCCGGCCAGGGGCCAAGCAGGCGCUGAACCCGGGUGGGUCACUGGGGCAGGUACAGGUGCUGCUGCAAACGGGCCGCGUUUACAGAACUUCAAGGGCUUCCAGAAGGGGACGUGAGCUAGAAGGGGGAAGAGCAGGUACAGAUGCAGACGGAAGGCGAAGUUGCCAUUUUAACGGCAGUUCGUGUUACCGAGACUGGGACUCAGAAGUGGAGAAACGGCUUGGCAUCCCAUACCAAAUGUAUUUCCUACCCCUGCUUCAACUGGGUCCAGUAAAAAACGAGUCAAUGAACCUGAAUAGCCUCUCCAGACAAGCGCUGUGUGUGCUUGUUUUAAAGACUGAGAAAUGUCAAAGGCGUUGUCCCAGAGCACAGCCGAGCAGUAAGAGCGCCAAAGUGACUCCGCUGUACUUAUUCCUGGAGUCCAUGUGGACAGAUGAAACCUUGGAAGAUCUGCCUUGAACUUCUAGCGUUUCCUUCACAGUGCGUCUUCCAGAAACCUCCCUGGUGACAGACGGAAGCUGCCGCUGAGCUAAUACAAGUUAAUAUGAUAAUUCCGCCGAGUUUUUACAGACGCCUGACUGGAGAUGCCACCAGCCCCCACAUAGGCCGGCUGGGAAGAUGUUAUCAGCUCGUGUUACAAAGCCACCUCUCCUAAACCUGGAUCUAAGAGUUGUGGUGACAGGCUCGGUUUGUUUCUACUGCCUUGCUAGUCAUUGCUGACCUUAAAGCCCCUUGCAGAGAAUGGAAACCUGCCUAUCCUCCCCUGCUCUGCCCAACCGGAAACUGCCCCUCACAUUCAGCAUGGCCGCCCCUUAGGCUCUGGGCUUCCUGGGGACUUGCUGAAGGCCAUGGCUAGGCCUCCCUUGA